GCAGUACCAGGCGCAGACCGACAUCGUGCAGCUGAUCGAGCGGCUGGAACGGGCGUGCAUCCGAUUCGUGCACUUCAGCAAAGAGAACGAGCUCCGAUCGCGCGUGUUCUCUGAAAAGAUGGGACUCGAGAGUGGUUGGAACUGCCACAUCUCGCUGCUGAGUGACGGUGCCGAUACGCGCGCCUCCUCACCGACCAAACAGCAUGCGGCUGCCGCACCGGCACCCGCACCCGCACCAGCACCGUCUCCUGUGCGUAGCCCUGCCACGGGUCCGCUGUUCGAUGAUCACAGUAAUGGCUGUACGGUGGGCAGCCGGCUGCUGAGUUCGUCGGCACCGGGAGCGAUCUCACAUUCAAACAGCCUGGCAGGCCCGGCCGGCAUUCGCCUCCAUCAACCAAACCUCACAAGCAACAGCCACAGUAGCAGCAGCAGUAGUAGCAGCAACAGCAGCAGCAACAACAACAACAAUAGCAAUAGCAACAGCAAUAUUAAUAGCAACAACAACAACAACAACAACAACAACGGUAUCAGCAGGAGAAACAGCUGCAGGAGUAACAUCAGUGUGCACGGUUCGCAAGAACUGAUGUCGGUGGUACGCCACCCGUCGACCGAUUCGGCCAUCGAUGGGGGCGACCGUGGUGAUGCUGUGGGUCGGAUAGGGGGCGGUGGAGGUGGGCUGAGCGCGAAUGGUCACUCCCGUUCGCUCAGCUGCCUGAGCGAUAGUACCGAGCAGAGCGCACCGAUCAACUUCGACAUGUCGAACCGUGCCAAGCUGCCGCGUGGCAUUGAGAACAUCCGGCCGCACCUGGAGAGUGUGGACAACGUGCCGCUGCUGGUGUCACUAUUCACCGACUGUUCGGCCGAGGCGACACGCGAAAUGCUCAACAUCAUGCAGCAGUACGGCGAGAUCGUGGUCUGUCUCGGCUCCUCCGCCUCGAACUCCAACUCGGAAAUCUUCCUGCAGGGUGACUGCUCGAUCGCGGUGGAACCGCUGUACCCGCAGGUGUGCCAAGAGUUCCCGUCCUACAGCGAGGCCAACAUCUAUGGCAACCGGUUGCGGGUGCCGGGAGCGGACGACACCGGUCACACCAGCACCAACACUACCGUAUCGCCGGUCUACCUCAGUCGGUUGCUGAAUGCGAUCCCGUGUUCGAUCGCCACCUGCCGGGAUGAUCCGAUCUCGAUUGUGGCGGUGAUCGAGCUGUCCCGGCGCUUCAUGGCCGGCUUGUGGAGCUGCGUGCAGUACUGGGCGUGUUGCGGGGUUUCGCUUGCCAUCAUGAACACGGUGACGGCGGUGCUGUCGCUGCCACCGAUGAUCGUACCGCUGCACGCCCUUUACCUGAUGUGCGUCGCAGUGCCACUGGUCGCCCUGACGCUGCUCCGCGUCGAACCGGAUCCGGCCUUGAUGAAGCGUGCCACUGGCAAGAAGCAGCGCACGCUACACUCGCGCCUCGUCCUGUUUGUGCUGUGGUGCUACGGUCUCAAGUUCGCGGUCGCCGUUGCCUUCCUAGUCUUCGCCUACUGUACCACCCUGUCGCACCCACUUCAGCUGUUCGCGCUCGAGGUGCCGCAACCGCAGGUGGCGGCCGCUGCGAGCGGGUCGGGUCGGUUAGAGCAGUCCGAUCACGGCGACCUGCACGUCGCCCGUUCCUUCACCCUGCUCGGCACCGUGCUGCACUUUGUCGUGAUUUCCGCGACGUUCGUCCAUCGGGACUACAACUGCAUCCGGCGCAGCCCGUUCACCAACCUCUGCUGGGUAACGGUAGUGGCUGGGUUGCUGCUCCUCCACCUCGCCCUGCUCGUGCUGCAGAUCACCUGCGAUCCGUACUUCUGGCAGCAGAUGGAGCAUCACUGGCCGAUUGCCCUGUACAUCGUUCUCGUGACGUUCGUCACCUUCGUCGCCAGUGAGUUCUUCAAGUGGGAAGAGAUCAAGGUGAACAAUCGCUACAUCCGGCGGGCUCGACUGGAUUUUGGCACCAAGCUUGGCAUGAACUCACCCUUCUGAGCCGCUCGGCAGGAAGCUUCCAGCACUCUCAACUCCCGACUGCCAAUAACCGUAGCAAUCCAUUGGAGCAGAACUGAAAGUACGGCGGUCGUUGCGCUCCGGAUUCGGAACUUCUCGCUCCUCGGCUUAUGCAUGUCACGGAACAUUCGUGUGUGUGUGUGCAAUUACUUGUGAAGUGUUAUUUUUUUUUAAAUUUUAACAUCUAAUCGCUCAGGUAGACGAUAGCAAGAAUUUCUCGGCGAAGGAUGCUUGCGAACUUGUAAACUCCAUACAAAAAAAAAACAAAAAAAACAUAGCUAGGACAUAAGCCGCCACAACUGUUUCAGAUGCUUUCCACCCCAAACGUGCAUAUAGUUCCUCAUCGCGCCACUAACCUCGGCAUUCUCUAUACUGAGACCACAAGCGACUGCCAUCGUGGGAAAGUGUACCACCUAUUUGCGGCUGUUUUGAUAUGCGUGUACGCGACACGGUACGCAAACGUUACUACUAUGUAGGAUAUAGGACCUUAGUUUAUCAAUCUAGAUCAUCCUUUCCUUCAUCCUCAUCCUUUUUUUUUUGCUCCCCGAAGCAUGCAAUCGGCAGCAGCAUCCGCAGCACAGCUGUAACUUCCGUCUCUUGGUACAACUAUUUUUUCCCACGAGACCUGCUGUUGCCCUGUGAUGCUGCUGCUGCUGCUGCUGCUGCUGCGGGAUGUGCUGCCACGUGUCCCGUCGUGUGCAUGGUUGUGUGUGUGGAUGAUGAGUGAAGGAAAACGCAAACGGGUUGGUUGGUGGUGCUGCCGCUGCGAGGAGUAUCGGGACUCGUCUCGUCUCGUCAACCGUAUUUUAGCGAUAAACUGUAUACAAAGUAGCGGGACUAUGCGAAGUAAACAAAUGGACUCAA